AUGUGCAGACAGUUCGUCAAUCAGGGUGGUCUUCAGGUCCUCUGCGAUCUCCUUACUAUGCCUGGCCUCCCGUACGAUUUUCCCGUAUCUGCGGCCUGCGCUUCGCUUUGCAAGAUCUUCGAGCAACUUGUCGGCUACCUCUCGCUCAAUGACCUCCUGAAGCCUGUCCUCCAGGCUUUACAAGACGGUCUUUCCAAGGUCAGCACCUUCCUUACCUCGGAGACAUCAGAAUACUCUGUACUGCUCAGGGACUGUUCAGCCAACGAAACGAGUGUUCUGCACGGCCUUGUCUGCAUUUCUUCGAUUCUCUGUGUCCUUGUGCAGAUAAUUAAUCAUCUUAAAUCGGAACACCGAUGCGGAUUCGCUAGCCUUUGGGCUCAGCAAAACAUCUUUGGGCAGCUUGGAGAACUUUACCACAAGGUGUCCUGGGAAGCAAUUCUCCUUCUGAAGACACUUUGCGAUGAGAUUAAGGACCACAAUCAGCCUGGUCCAUCGACAGCGGAUCCAAAUGAGACCUCUACAGGCACCCAGGCCUCUCAAAGCAAAUCACCGUUCUCUAUGCCUGCCUUUGUUGAGGCCCUUAGCGUCUAUCGCAUCUUAAAACCGUGUCUUCAGCGACGUCUGCUAAUGUCCUCAUUCGACCAGGUUCCCCUCUCCGCCAAGACCUCAGUGCUCACUCAAGUGGCCCAGCUUGCCAUUGGUGCUGUCUGCUGGCGACCGCCGGACAUGAUUCUCAACAACAACGAGUUUCUUCCGUUCGUCUAUGCCGUUCGCUAUUCUUCUGUACGUCUCGCACAUCUUCUACUCUUCGAUACCGCCAACAAAAGCCCCCACAUUCUGAUGUUUAAUGCGUUCUACAUGCUCAACGGAAUUCAGUCCUUGUUCUUCGACACUGGCAUUGAGAGCAGUGCUCACCCACACGCUCUCUUUGCGACUAACGACUCUGCCCAGGCAGUCUCAGCACAGAAUACGGAGACGAGAGGCGCUCUGAGCACUGUGCUUGAGGAAUGGUUCGCAUGCGUUGAUCGUCUAAGUAACAUCGCUGCAGUGAAGGCUGAAGUGAAGAAGAUUUCAGAGACUGAUUCCAUACACUUUGACACGGACAAAUAUGCCAAUUACGUCAGUCGGCUCAGUCUUAAACCCCUAGAAUUGCUGUGCUGUCAUGGAGUGCUUUUGAAUUUUCUCUCCCAGCGUGCAGUGGAGCACCUUCUCAAUAUGCUGAUUAACAUUGCACCGUACGUUUUCACCGAAGAAUCGGAUCAACUAACAAACGUGGAGGGUGCUGAGAAGCCAGCCAGUGGUGAUGGAACUGCGGUUGUCCCUGCAACUACCGGACCGUCCUCAGUCCCUGCACAACCCGACUCAGCACCUGUUGUUGCGGCCGGUGACAGUGACACGCCCUCACGGACCAGUGAGUCCUCUCGGGCCGCAGUACGAAUGCUAGAAGAAAUGGGCUUUGCUGCGCAAAGUGCUGAAUUAGCUCUUGAGGAGAGUAACUGGAACACGGCGGACGCUGUGAACCUCCUGCUACUCUCAUUGGAUGAUUUCACUCCCUUCAACUUCAAUCCCGCUGGUGUUGCCCCGGAGCGUCCCACUGCGCUGUUUCAAUUUCCGACUGAACCGGAGGUACCCAAACCUGCGCCGGUUCAGGCGUCCGGUGCUCUUUUGGACUCACUGAUCUAUGAGGUCGGUCCCCGAAGACCAACAGAAGAAUCUCUGUGGGUCCCUCUCACAUCCGAUCAUCCCAGUGGCGCUUCAACCGUUGUAAAAACUACUGAUGCUGAGAUCGAUAGGCUCCGCGAAUCCUUGAGGAAGAAUAUAUUUUCCGCCUGUUAUGAGAUUGCGCGACUGCAUAAAACUGAUGAAGUAUGUCUUUGGUAUUUUUGA